AAAAGGUGAAAAUGAAAACGAAAGCUCUCUGUAUACCUAGACUCAUGCUUAGUGUAAUGAAAACCGGAUUAUUCAGUAAUAAUUAUACUGUCAGUGUAAGCACUGCUCUGGGCCUGUGCAGACAAGCUAACCGGAAGGGACGGUAAGCCUGUAGGCCCUUAAUAUUGGACGUCUAAAAAGUCGUAUAUUGAUUGAUGCACCGCUCUGGUAUGUCACGGGUUCGAGACCCGCUUUCGAACAUUCGAACAUUGGAAAGCUUCUGUCACAAGAGGACUGAGAAAUUUUUGGUCUGGUUUCGUCCGGAUCUGGUUUUUACUGUAGAUCGUGGUUGGUGAGGCUCGGCUUUGUGUGAGAAGUGGCUUUUUGGUGCUUGAGAAGUUUGUAUUGUACAGGCAUUGUGUGCUUUGCUGGUGAGAAGGCGUGAGGAGGCGUUUUGCAGCGAAAAUGGCGCUGCUUUGACCUGAUAUUUGAUUACAAGUGUCUGUGAGGUGCAUUUUGGUUCUGUCGACCAUUUGCUGGGACAGGCACCAUCUUUUUCCCUUUUUGGCGGCCGGAUUUGAUGAAUCACAUGUGGAAACAGUUGUUCUGUACGUGCCGUGGGCCAAGCGAGCUCAUCAGCAUGGUGCGUUAAUGUCAGCAAAUUAAUCAUUGUUGUGCAUUUUCAAUGUGAAGCGACGGGGAAACGUGCUCUUGCGGUCGGGAUUCGCUCGUCAACUGGUCCGUUAGAAGCGGUUCUCGCGGAAUGCAAGGCUUUUCAAGGCCAAAUAGUAUGAUACCAGUUAUUCUUCAUCGUUGUUCGCGUAAACGCAGAUUUGCAGUUGCAGUUGUAGUUGGCUCAGUUUCGAGAGGGAGAGUUGCGUCGGGUUAUUUUGGUUUAAUCUAUUCAAAAUACAAUGCAGAUACCGACGCUUUAUGGAGUUAACUUUCGCUUGAAGUUUAAUGAAGCCUCAAAUCUUGAUGAAUUAGAUCGCUACGAGGGUUCCUGGUGCUGUAUCUGAACUUUUUGGAACUUUCUGGUUCUGAACUGUACGAGUAUACUUCAAUAUUGUGGAAAACACAUUUUCAGGCGAGAUGAAAGGAGACACAGUCCUUGCUUACGCAGCUUUUCAACUCUAUCCAGGACAGACGAGGUGUGAAGUGGUACUUUCAGGCGGCGGUGAAACAGAGAAACUUAAUCCCGUCCUUCUAGAAGCCCUGAUUGCACAUUUGCCUCCAGCAAAAGAGUUAGCUAAUGAAGCCGAACAUGUUUUUAAGCUUGAAUUGCGUGACGAUGAGAAUGCAGCGCCAUGGUUCACCAAAGGCACCAUGGAAAGGUUUAUACGGUUUGUAAGCACUCCUGAAGUGCUGGAGCGGCCCAAUGUUCUUCAUGCUGAGAUGGUUCAGUUGGAGACUGCCAGAAAAUUACCUCCCACACUAUAUUCGCAGGUUGAUGGAGGUCAUCUUUCCAGUACGGGGUUGGCAACAGAGCUGAGCACACCUGGAGCUGCCAUCAAGUCGAGGACAGAAACAAUGCUAGCAGAUGCUUCAAGGAAUGAGUUAUUACGUGCCUUAGAUGUACGACUUAUGACUUUGCAUCAAGAAUUGGAUAAAGCUUUUGCUCGCGCUACUGCUGCAGAGUUUUUGGUUGAAAACACAGUUGAUCUCUUAGCAUUUUCAGAACGAUUUCAGGCCAGUCGUUUAAGGGAUGCAUGCACCAAGUUUCUGAUUUCAUGUCAGCAAAGACAGCAACACUUUUCCCUCCUCCAAAAAAAUGCAGAUGCAUGUUUUUCAGGCCUUGGAAUUCCCCUUGAUAACAAAAGAUGUGGUGAACCUUCAUCCAAACAUUCAAGGAAACAGGAUGACAAACCUAAUGAGAGUACUGUGGAAGAAAGUCGAGUGUCCCAAUCACAUGCUGACCAACAAGAUGAGCAAGAAAGUUGUUUCUCAUCACGUAUGGACAAUUUUGAUGCAAAACUUCCAGAAUCCUGUACAACAGAAACUGAAGCUAGUUUGUUAAUGUUGGAGUCAAAUAACAUUGCUUCAAUUGGGUUUGAACAACCUGCAUCAGACAAAGAUAACCGAUCUCCAGCACCCACUAGAAGGCCCUCAGUCAGAUCUGCAUCCCCAGCAAGGGCAAGAAGGUCAGCCUCCCCAAUGCGAAAGGUCCAAAUAGGGAAAUCUGGAUCACGGAGAUCUAAUGUAUCAGCAAUUCAAUUCAUAAAUUACAUGCCACAAUGGUCUAACAGAGAGAGAGACUCAAACAGAGAGUCUGAAAGUAGUGAUACAGAUAAUGAGAGUGAUGGGGAUGAUGAAAAGUUGGAGUGCCCACCAAAGACUGUAUCAACUAGGACAAUUAGUGUUCAGGAUGCAAUUAAUCUUUUUGAAAGGAAACAAAGAGAACAAAGACAUUCAACAGAAGGCCUUAAAAAAAAUAUCAAUGCAGAAAGCCGAAGGUUAUCAGCUGAAACUGGGAACUCAACUACUCAUGAAAAAGCCAUCCUAAGGAGGUGGAGUGGAGCCAGUGAAGUAGGUAAGUUGGACGUGCCGAAUUCUGCAAAGCACUUAUUGGUAAUUGGAAAGGACAAGCGCCAAGUAGAGAUAACUCCUCAGAGUGAGUUGAAACAAAUGGAAGAAAGAAAAGAUGUGGGCUUGGGCUUCUCAUCCACACCUGAAAUUAUAGAAUCACAGAUAAUGCAGGCUGAACAGAUGCAGGGAAUCAUCUCACAGCAUUCAGAAGACACUGGAUCCCUGGAAAUAAAUUUUUUAGCAAAUAAUUUUCAGAUACAGGGGUCAGGAACCACUGACAAUUUUCCCUAUGGGGUUAGCCCUGAAAAUGAGCCCACGGUGAAACAGUUCAGGAGCAGUCAUGAGUUGAAUCAACUCCUUCAGGAGAAAGCCAAUCAAUUGGAAGCGUUUUUUGCUGCUCAUAAGGGCAGAAGUCAGGCUGCUGAAGAAGGUUCAAAUGUUCCUCCUUCAAGUAAGCUUCAUGCUAAAGACGAAGCAAGCAUGGAGUUGAAAAGCUCAGAUGUGAAUUCCAGUGAGCCGAGAAGCCUAGACAAAUUGCAUGCAGGUAGCCCAGGGGAAAUGAGUCUCAGGAAAGGUAUGUUUCCUGGUACUGACAUAGACCUGGAUCAACAGUUAAGAACCAUGCAGAGUUUCGGCAAAGAUUCAGUGUAUGGCUCAUGGAGCAACAGUGCAGACUUUGACAUGCAGACCUUGAUGGAAAUGGUAGAUGGAAACUGUUAUAAUUAUGAGGAGCAGUUAGGAGCUCUUGAUAACAACAAAUUUUCUGAUGAGCUUAGAGGGAAAUUCUAUGAUCAGUACAGGCAGAAACGUGAAGCCAAGCUGAGGGAGGAACACACAGCAAAGAAAUCAGAAAAAGAAGCAAAACUUAAGGCUAUGCAAGAAGUACUAGAACGGAGGAAAACAGAAAUGGCAGGAAAAUAUGCAAAAUCAUCUGUAAAGCGAGAUCCUUUGCAGUCUCAAUCUCGAGGCCAAAAAUCGCAGUCUUCCAAGACUAAGCUUUCCAAGAACAAGAAAGAAUUGCACAAAAACAAUGAAGAUAAUGGAGACAGCACAAAUGAUUUGCAUGAGCGUUCAUUUCACCAGAAAAACCCAAACAACAGAGGUGCUCCUGGCGAGAUCCCUUCUCCAACCUCAACUCCACGACUCCCAACGGAUCUGCCCAAAUCUAAUGGUUUCAGGAAGAUUUCAUCCAAAAGUACGACUUCAGCAAUUGCACAGAGUUCUUCUCCUAUGACAUCAUCAUCACCUAGAGCUGCCAUACCUAAAGUGUCAAGUACCAGUAACGCAUCUACAGGCAGGCGCAAGAGUCAGUCACUGGUGGGUGGAAAUCCUUUGGCUCGAUCAAUGCCCAAUUUAGCUGAUUUAAAGAAGGAGAGCUCAAAAACUUUAUCUGGACGUUCAAAUUUGAAGUCAACUCUCGAGAAAGGUGCAGCUAUGCCUCGUGGGAAAAAUAAAGGUAGCAGCCAGAACAAAAGUGGCACAGAACCUCCUCAUCUUGAUGUUAAUGGCUCUAGCUGUGGUUCACAGUCAUCUCACAGUAAGGAAGAGAAGAAGAACCGUAGUCAUCCAAGAAAAGGCCUUGUUGGUGGUAAGGAACUCAAAAGCUUGUCUGCCAUUACUUCCGAGGAAAGUGCUUUGACAUCAAAACCAAGCUUCUACAGUAAAGUGACCAAAAAGAACAGCGUUGUUCCCCUAGAGUCUAAACCAUUCCUUCGUAAAGGCAAUGGAAUAGGACCUGGGGUUGGUCGUGGUAUUUCCAAAAUGAAAGCAUCCUCACUUGAUGAUGUCCCAAAAACUGUAGAGGAUGAAUGCCAAGUUGUUGAAGAAAAUAUAAAGGAAACAGUCUUAGAAUCAGGAAACUCCAAAUCAUCAGACACCAUGGAAGGAACUGCAGAUGAAAAUAAGCCCGAUCAGCAAGGAAAUGGUACUUUGGACACUGAGGAUGCCCUUGGUGAUUUAGAUACACUGGAAAAACAUAUUUAUAGCAUGCCAGACCUCAGUAAGAUAGAAGAUGUCUAUGAGAAUGGCAUGCCCAAUGAUGAUAGGCACAUUCAAACUGUCUCAGAAGUGAGCAAUACCAGUGUCUCACCAGCAAAAACAAAAUCCUCCUCCAGCGCCACAAAACAGGAAUGUGAUGAACAAAAUAUUUCAACUUCCGAGAUUAUUCUCAAUGAGUAUGAUAUCAAACCAUCCUUGGAAGCUGAAGUACUGGUUGAGCCACCCCCAUCAGCUGCUUUGGCCCAAUUAGCCCCAUCUGGCCUAAACUCUGAACUUGGGAACCCUAUAUCAUUAAAAUCACGUAAGCCACAUUCUCUUUCUCAGAUGUUGGCAGCUGAUACUGAUGAAGAAAAAACACGCCAAAAAUGGGGUAGUGCACAAAAGCCCAUUUUGGAUCCUCAGUAUUCCCAAAAGGAUGCUCCAAAAGGGUUUAAGAGGCUUCUGAAAUUUGGUAGGAAAAACAGAAGUGAAAUGGGUACAACUGAUUCACUUUCUGGGUUCCCCUUUGCCGAAGGUGAUGAAGGCAUAGAAGAAUUGAAGGAGCCCUUUAGAAGAAAUGCAAAUAACCUGCAAAGAGGCCAAGUGCAAGCUAAGGCCAUUAGACCAGGAAAUGCCUCUUCUGAUAGAAGUUAUGAUUUUCAAAGCACAAAUUCUUCUGUCCAUUCAAUUCAAAGUUCUGUUCUCCAGGAUGAACAUUUAACAGGAUCCACAUUGCUGAAAGCACCCCGCUCUUUCUUUUCAUUGUCAACAUUCAGAAGCAGAGGAAGUGAUUCAAAAUCUCGUUGAUUUGGAUGGUUGCCUACGUUUCUAAGCUCUAUGGCACUAUGCUCAAAUGAAGUUUGUAGAAUGCUUGGACAUAAUGUUUUUGAGAGUUGUCUCGUGUUGCAAAUGACUGAUCUAUUGUGGGUAGUCAGUGUACUUUAAUACAACAGGAUGCUUUUCUGUUGAAGUAUAGAAUAGGUAUAUCUUGAAAUGUUAUUCCAAUCAAAGGAAAAUGAAAACGGAGUUACAGAUAUUACUUGCAACUUGCAAUUUUAAUGUUUCAACAUGUUGGGGGUUCCUUUAGGAUUCGUCAUGUAACAUUUUUGGGGAGUUGCCACGAGGCUUGAGCAAUUCAACUUGUUUAUUCCUUGUAUUGCUGGGUGGGACAGUUCACUUUCUAGAAGAAUAUCAGCUUCAAUCUUCCUUGAACUUGUUUAUUCCUUGUAUUGAUGUGUGGGGAAGUUCCCCUUCUACAAGAAUUUCAGCCGCCGCCUUCUUUCUGCAUGUAACAGUUGGUUUGACAAUAAUACAAUGGUUCAGUGUCAGACAGUUCACGUA